CUCACCUUCCAAAACAACUUCAAAUAAGACAGAACAUGUCUCUACAACAUAACACAAUCUCUGCAAUAUUUUAAUCUCACAACAAAAUGUCUAUGAUACCAGGCAACAACAGCCCUUUUGAGAAUUCCCCAUUCUCUACUUCAAUCCAAGAAUUUUCACGAGAAAAUCCAAUUUUCCUCAACAACCAGAUUGAUUGGAAGGAAACUCCAGAAGCCCAUGUAUUCAAAGCUGAUGUACCAGGGCUGAACAAAGAGGAAGUGAAAGUUGAGGUUGAAGAUGGAAGAGUGCUUCAGAUAACAGGAGAGAGGAGCAUGGAGAGACAAGAUACAAAUGAUGGAUGUCAGCGUGUUGAGCGUAGUAGUGGUAAAUUCAUGAGGAGUUUUACUCUUCCAGCUAACUGUAAAUUGGAUCAGGUUAAGGCUUCUAUUGAAGAUGGUGUUCUUACUGUUACUGUCCCUAAGGAAGAGGUUACCAACCCUGAUCGUUUGACCAAUCAGAGUUCACAGUGAGAGUAAUAAUGAACAGUUCUGUUCGUGUGGAUUGAAAUUUGAAUCCAAAAAUGUUCCAUUUUGGCUAUUUGUUUUUGUAUGUUAGUGAUUAGGAAAUGCUGUUACAAAUAAGAAACGUGUGUGUAUCAUAAGCAUUAAUACGAGUUAGAUAAAGCACCUACGUGUUGAUGUCCACCACACAUGUGAUUCUACGGAAUUAUGUUAUUUUUCAAUUAUUAUUAAUGUCCAUGUAUGUAUCCGUACUUCAUAGAUUAAUUGGUUUGUAUAAAAAUGGAGGAGAUUUCAGGUCACGAGAAUGACAUUGGUCACCGGAUCUGAAAUCAACUGUGUCUUGUAAAAUUCUGUUCUAUGCUUUUCAUUAAAACUGAAGCACAAUCUUGAGAUUUUGUAUUAUUGU